UUAAACUGCAAAUAAAUUAAGACCAGGAAAAAAAAAAAGACAGAGGGAUGGGUGCAGUGAGCAGGAUGAGCGCCGCCUGCGCAUUGGCCGUCGUCGCCGUCCUCCUCCUCAUCUCCUCCCCACCGGCAGCGGCAGCGGCAGCGCCCGAGCUGUCCGUGGACUUCCACGCGGCGUCGUGCCCUCAGCUGCAGCACAUCGUGAGCUACUACGUGGAGGACGCGCUCCAGCGCGAGAUCGCCAUCGCCGCCGGCCUCAUCCGCAUCUUCUUCCACGACUGCUUCCCGCAGGGGUGCGACGCGUCGGUGUAUCUGAAUGACACCGCUGCUUCGGAGCUGCGCAUGCCGCCCAACCUGUCCCUGCAGCCCAAGGCGCUGCAGCUCGUCGAGGACAUCCGCGCCAAGGUGCACGCCGCCUGUGGCCCCACCGUCUCCUGCGCCGACAUCUCCGCCCUCGCCACCCGUGACGCCGUCGUCGUCUCCGGCGGCCCCUCCUACGACGUGCUCCUUGGCCGCAAGGACAGCCUCGCCCCGGCACGAGAGGAGCUCGUCCUGGAACUCCCGUCGCCGAGAUCAUCCACCAUCAAGGAGCUCCUCGACGGGUUCAAAAACAGGAGCAGGGGCCUGGGAGAGCCCGCCGACCUGGUGGCGCUCUCCGGCGGCCACACCGUCGGGAAGGCGAGCUGCGGCACCUUCCAGGACCGGGCUGACCGGCAGGAAGACACCUUCUCCAAAAAGCUGAAGGCGAACUGCAGCAGGGACAGCAGGCGGCUGCAGAAUCUGGACGUGAUCACGCCCGACGCCUUCGACAACGGAUACUACAUCGCGCUGACUUACAACCAGGGGGUCUUCACCUCCGACAUGGCGCUCAUCAAGGACCCCCAAACUAGGCCCAUCGUCAGGCAGUACGCACAAGACAAGGCCGCCUUCUUCAACCAGUUUGCCAAGUCCAUGGUCAAGCUCAGCAACGUACCAACGCUCAGGCUCGACGACAACAAUGGCGAGAUCCGCCGCAACUGCUUUGCUUCCAACAAAGCGCCGCGCGUCGUCGUCCAAGAUACCACCGACGACGAAGACGAGGGGUUCGCCGCCUCUGCGUGAUGGAUUAUAUAUAUACUCCUAUAUAUAUGGAUCGAUAUCAAGAUCAUCGAUAUAUAUAUGCUGUAUGCAUGUACCAUGCAUAUAUACGUACGUACCUACAAUUUUGGGUUUUCCUAGAGUCAUGAGAUCCAAUCUUUUGGCGCUAAUAAGCAACGAUCCUUCAAUUAUGUUGCGAUCGAUCGGUGGUCGAGCGAGCUAGCCUCGAGUAAUAACUGGUUACACAUCAUUAGCUGUCGUCACCCUGCAAAUGUGAAGAUGUAUUAGUAAUUUAAUUACCCUGCUCCGACAUAAAUAAAAGAGAAUUUUGUUGGAUUUAAUUGGGUAAUUCAUGUAAUUAAAUCAAAUAAAUUAUAAGUCUCA